AUGGUAAGCGUUUUUCUCAAAAAAUGAGAAUUUCCAAACUGUCACGUGAAACAACCUCACUUAUUUAAAGCGUUGAAUAACACAUUCAUAAUUUGAAAACAAUUCAGAGCGUUGUUCAUAUUGCAUUCAUCGCAAUACCCAUUGGAAUUUAUCUAACCACAUUUUUUGUUACAUAUCCAAUUGAAUAUAUGCGUGAGUAAUUUUUGUUAUUUUCCUCUGCUUUUCCGAUUCAUCACUAAUUGGGAAAAAAUCAGCAUGAUCGUAUAAUUCCAGCUUUGAGUUAUUCCUGUGUUGCUGUGGUCACUCAACACGGUUCAGGUUCAACAUUUCUUCUUCUGACAACUAAUAAUUCUGUUAGAAAAGUUGCCAUCGAAAUUGGUAAUUUCUUUCAUUUCUUAUACUUUUAUCUGAUAUUCAUGACUCUUCCAGUUUCUUGUAAAAAACGAUUAGCUCAACAUACUUCGGUUGUUUCAAAAACUCAGAGGAGAUCGAUAGCUAAUUGA